AUGAAUCAACGAACAACUGCUGCAGUUCGAACAACCGCCCGGAUAUACAACACCAUUCGAGGUGGAAACUGGAGUAAGACAAGGAACAAUGGCAAGGUCCUUAAUGUUCAAUUUCGCUAUCGACGACAACAUGUGAAGGACAGUCGAUCACUGAACAUCAUAAAGAAGUGUCCUGCUGAUAUCGUCUUAGCACCAUCAAGUUGCCUCUUGACUGAUCUCGAGUACGCCGACGAUGUUAUUAUAUUCACGAAAAGCACUACGAAACUUCAACAUGUUCUCAGUCUUGUAUCGAAAUUGGCUGCAGCCUAUGGAUUACGUGUACGCCCUGGUAAAUGCAAGCAGAUGUGGAUCUCUACGAGACGUCAAGCGGGAAUCAGGGUGGACGGACAACCGAUAGAACUCGUCGAUAAAUUCUGUUACCUGGCUGUAUACUGA